UUUUAUUAACACACACUUCCGUCGCAAACUUCACACAGUCUCAAAACGACGUCGUACUUAGAACUAAGCCCCAUCACGGAUCAUAAACCCAAUCCACUUCCUCUUUUUCUGUCAAUACUUAUUUGAAACGACUUCGUUUUGAGAACGGUCAGCCCAUCACCGGCCCACAAACUUCAUCUCUGGUGAGUCAGUUUCCCGCCAGUUUCUGAUGAGCAAAGAGUCUCCGGCGGAGGAAUCCCUAAAUCUGAUUCGCGGGAAGCUCUGCGAUCAUACUUUCAUCUUCAGACCACUUUCCGCUUCCUCAGACAGCAACUACAGAUCAGACUGAAUGGACUCUUGCAUAGUGAUGAUAAUUGUGCGUCUAAGGUCUGGUAGUUUAGUAAACUUUAUCUAUGGGUUCCUUUAAGUAUUCACUCUGGGGUUGGGAAAUGAAAUGAUGUUUAUUCUCGCUCUGUGCAUCACCACAUACAAGGGUUUUACUUAUAGUCUUACUUCAUGUUAGAUUUAAAUGGUGAUGAUAUUCACUGGCUUAUGUUGAUUUUUUACGAAAUUGCUAGACACUUGUGCAUGGAACACCACCUGCUCGUCUCCAAAAUGGCAUCUUUUGAUGAAAAUUCGCAGUUCAUUAUAGCCAUGCUGCGGUGAGAAUAUUUACCGUUGGCAUCAAAGAGCCUUUUGGCUGUCUUGAUAUUGAUAUUCAACUCAGACAAACUGAUAGAGAUUUUUCAUGGAAUGUGGACUAGCACAUAACACAAUCAUCUUUGUGCUUGAUGAAUUUUGACAUGUUUGCACAGGCAAGGAUUCUGAAUCCUUUUAGCUUGCUAUUUGUAUUGUAACUUGUUUCCCCUAUGAUAAUUAUACUUUUCGCCUAGUAACAUAGAGGUCACCCUAAGAUUAUGUGGUAGCGCAGAACCUUUAGUGAGAUAAGGACUUGUAAGUUGUUACUUUCUCUCCACUCAUCCUUUCAUUUGGUUAUAUAUAUAUAUAUAGGGAAAGCAACGGUUGCUGUACAGUUUGCUGGAUGCUAUGCAGUCUGUAACAUCACAAGCUGUUGUCAUCGGUAUUAGUUCUCGACUGGACGCUGACCAACUUCUGGAGAAAAGGGUGAGAUCUCGCUUUUCACACAGAAAAAUAUUGUUUCUUCCUCCAUCUAGAGAAGAAGUUGACAGUUUAUUGGAACACCUGCCAUCUCUACCAGCAGACUCAAGUUUCCCCAGUGGAUAUGUUUCUCAGUUCAAUGAAAAGAUUAAGAAUAUAACAUCAGACACGAGAUUUAAAGACAUGCUGAGGACAUUUUUAAAUGCAAAUUCUACUGUCAACAGUUUGCUGAAGUUUAUAUUCCGUGCUGUUUCUUCAAUGAAUUUGGAAUCUGGCAUCCUCUCUCUUGAGACCUGCAAAGCAGCACUUUCAAGUAUGCAAAGGCAACCAAAGUUGGAAGCCGUUAGAGAUUGUUCCAUACUGGAGCUAUAUCUUUUGGUAUGCAUGAGGAGGUUAGAAGUGAAAGAGCAGAGCUUAUACAACUUCAUUAGUGUGAUGAAAGAGUAUAAGACGAUACAUGAUUCUUUUCAAACCUCGGAUUACUACGCGCAAAAUGUCAGCCUGCGGGCAUUUGAGCACCUGAGAGAGCGAGAAGUUAUAUGCUACGCAGAGAAUAGAGGACAGUCUCAGACAGGUGAAUACCGUCCCAUGAAGCUUUUAAUAUUAGCCUCUGAGCUUCAUCAGGGAAUGAGAUCUCAUGCGUGUUGCCCCGCCAUUCUUCUCAAGUUAUUGGACCAUUAAUCUCGUUGUUUUAGUUUGUUCCGUUGGUAUGUAAAACAAGUCUCUAAUGACCCCUGUGAAAUGUGUGUUAUUUCAUAGUGAAGCUGCAUUGUUAAGAACCUAUCUUUUCAGCUUUGCCUAUGCUGCCUUGCCACAUAUUUACACAUAUUAGAGGGAGACAGAGAGAGAGAGAGAGAGAGAGAGAGAGAGAGCUUGUUGUCAACAUAAAACUCAAAGUGGUCAACUUUAUCUAUUAUACACAAAGGUUGUCCGAGAAACAGAACGUAAUCUUCUCCUUAUGCCUGCGAGAUCUCCUGUCAAAGGGGUUAACCACACAUCUUACAGACUGUACUUGCUGUGUUAACUAACCAGUAAGUAGUUUGAAAUCUUGAGGAAAUAUAGAUUUAGAGUUUCUCACAUACAUAUCAUCGUCAUUUUGUGAGUUUCUUUCUCAUGGAUUUGAACAAAGACAAAACCAAAACAAAAACAAAAAAAGGAGAAAACUUCAGAAA